UCACCCUUGACAAAACCUUGACUACGAUUCAAUCACGACCAGAGAGGGAGAAGUGAAAUCAGAUGACUAAAACAUUACUGCAAAACUGAUUUUUUCCCCACCUUUUCCCGAGAGAGAAAGAGUGUGCAUAUGUGAGGCGACUAUCAACAGGAGCGAGCAUCGUUUUCUACAAAGGCGUGUUGGCAUGGUUUUCUCGAAUAUGAACGUGUUUCAUGAGGGGACUCAAUGAGUGAAGCCCAUUCCUCAGCGGACUAGACUGAGGCGAUCACAUUCCAGUGCUGCUGGAGAGGACGCAGUGAGAGCGGAUCUGCCUAAUCAACGGACAUCGACACGAAUCCUCCACGGGGCACUCAGCUUGACUCCUCUGCCAUCCAGGGCAAAAUGCGUCUGGUUCUGUUCGCCUUUCUCAUCUCGUGCUCCUGUGCGAGAGGCGGAUGCGAGCCAAAGACUGUGAAUAUCGGAGCUGUCCUGAGCCAGAAGAGAUAUGAACAAGUGUUCAAAGACGCUGUCACUCAAGCCAACAAUAUAUACGGCAAAGAUAAGUUCAAGAUGAACGCUAUUUCAGUCACCCAUAAGCCAAACGCUAUCCAGAUGGCACUCUCCGUAUGUGAGGACCUCAUCUCUAACCAGGUGUAUGCGAUCUUGGUGAGCCACCCACCCCAGUCCAACGACCAUCUGACUCCCACUCCGGUGUCCUACACGGCUGGCUUUUACCGUAUCCCUGUUGUGGGCCUCACCACCCGCAUGUCCAUCUACUCCGAUAAGAGCAUCCACCUCUCCUUCCUGCGCACGGUACCGCCCUAUUCCCACCAAGCCCAGGUGUGGUUUGACAUGAUGCGUGAGUUCCAGUGGAAUCACAUCAUCCUGAUUGUGAGUGAUGACCAUGAGGGCAGAGCGGCACAGAAAAGACUGGAAACCCUGCUGGAGGAGAGGGAGACGAAGAGUAAAAACAGGAACUAUGAAAACCUCGACCAACUGUCCUUUGACAACAAGCGAGGACCCAAGGCAGAGAAAGUGCUCCUGUUCAGCCAAGACACAAAUCUGACGGCUCUGCUCCAGGAAGCCAAAGAGCUAGAGGCCCGAGUUAUCAUCCUGUCCGCAAGUGAAGACGAAGCCGCAGCCAUUUAUAAAUCAGCACGCCAGCUCAAUAUGACAGGCUCUGGUUACGUGUGGCUGGUUGGAGAAAGGGAGAUGUCUGGUAAAGCACUGAGUGAAGCCCCAGAUGGCUUGCUCGGCCUUCAGCUUAUCAAUGGCAAGAACGAGUCUGCGCACAUCUACGAUGCCGUGGCUGUGGUGGCCCAGUCCAUUCAGGAGCUCUUUGAGAAGGAGAAUAUCACAGAGCCUCCUCGAGGCUGUGUUGGCAAUACAAACAUCUGGAAGACUGGCCCACUCUUCAAACGAGUGCUGAUGUCAUCCAAGUAUCCAGAUGGCCUGACAGGCCGCGUGGAGUUUAAUGAUGACGGAGACAGGAGGUUCGCCCACUACAGCAUUCUCAACUACCAGAAAACCCGGCUGGUGCAAGUGGGCGUCUACAAUGGCUCGCAAGUUGUAAUGAACACUCAGAGGAAGAUUAUUUGGCCAGGAGGAGAAACUGAAAAACCAAAAGGCUAUCAGAUGUCAACAAGAUUAAAGAUUGUCACCAUUCAUCAAGAGCCCUUUGUCUAUGUGAAACCGACGCUACGAGACGGAACAUGUAAGGAAGAGUACACUGUAAAUGGAGUCCUGAUCAAAAAAGUGAUCUGCACUGGCCCCAAUGAGACCAUUCCAGGUCGCCCCAUAGUGCCACAGUGCUGCUAUGGAUUCUGCAUUGAUCUUUUGAUCAAACUUGCAAUGACAAUGAACUUUACCUAUGAAGUGCAUCUAGUGGCUGAUGGCAAAUUUGGCACUCAGGAGCGUGUAAAUAACAGCAACAAGAAGGAGUGGAAUGGCAUGAUGGGAGAGCUCCUGAGUGGCUUAGCAGACAUGAUCGUGGCUCCACUUACUAUCAACAAUGAACGAGCCCAGUACAUAGAGUUCUCGAAACCGUUCAAGUACCAGGGGCUCACAAUACUUGUCAAAAAGGAAAUACCACGCAGUACACUGGACUCGUUCAUGCAGCCUUUUCAGAGCACUCUGUGGUUACUGGUGGGUCUAUCGGUCCAUGUUGUGGCGGUGAUGCUCUACCUAUUAGACCGUUUCAGCCCGUUUGGAAGGUUUAAAGUAAAUAGUGAAGAGGAAGAAGAAGAUGCCCUCACCUUAUCCUCUGCAAUGUGGUUCUCCUGGGGUGUACUUCUGAACUCCGGCAUUGGAGAAGGUGCCCCUCGGAGCUUUUCAGCAAGGAUUUUAGGUAUGGUGUGGGCUGGUUUUGCUAUGAUUAUAGUUGCAUCUUAUACUGCCAAUUUGGCAGCCUUCCUAGUGCUGGAUCGGCCUGAGGAGCGCAUUACCGGCAUCAACGACCCUAGGCUGCGAAACCCAUCAGACAAGUUCAUCUACGCCACAGUGAAGCAGAGCUCUGUGGACAUUUACUUCCGGCGUCAAGUUGAGCUAAGCACCAUGUACCGCCACAUGGAAAAGCACAACUACGAGAGCGCCGCUGAAGCCAUCCAGGCCGUGCGAGACAACAAACUCCACGCAUUUAUAUGGGAUUCAGCAGUGUUGGAGUUUGAGGCCUCGCAAAAAUGUGACCUGGUCACCACAGGCGAACUGUUCUUCCGCUCUGGAUUCGGUAUUGGCAUGCGCAAAGAUAGCCCAUGGAAGCAAAAUGUCUCACUGGCCAUCCUCAGUUCCCAUGAGAAUGGCUUCAUGGAGGACUUGGAUAAAACCUGGGUCCGUUAUCAGGAGUGUGACUCCAGAAGCAAUGCACCAGCCACUCUCACUUUUGAGAAUAUGGCAGGCGUGUUUAUGUUGGUUGCUGGUGGCAUCGUUGCCGGGAUCUUCCUCAUCUUCAUUGAGAUUGCGUACAAACGGCACAAAGAUGCGCGCAGGAAGCAAAUGCAGCUGGCCUUUGCAGCAGUUAAUGUCUGGAGGAAGAACCUACAGGAUAGGAAAAGUGGUAGAGCAGAGCCCGACCCCAAAAAGAAAGCCUCUUUUAGGUCCAUCAGUACCAACCUGGCCUCCAACAUCAAGAGACGUAGGUCGUCCAAAGACACGCCAUAUCCCACGGAUAUUACCGGCCAGCUCAACCUGUCAGACCCCUCUGUGAGCACAGUGGUGUGAAAGUGGAAAGAGAAAGAGAAUUUGACAGGCAGAAAGAAAGAGAGAGAGAGAGAGAGAGACUGGAAAAGCAGGAAGCGGUGGGCUCUGAAUCAGACAGCUUGAGACAACACCUUCAGCACCGUCAUUUGAGCAAAAUCCACCCUGUCUCAGCAUAUGCACACUGAAUAUGAAACUCUUAUGGACACACUGUGCCAAAUUCAACCACACUGGAGCAAAUCCACACUGCCACACAGUUCACAGCAGACCAACACACUCACAGAUACACAAAGUGCUUCACUUUCUACAAUUGUUUUGCACAUAUCUAAAGCUUUUUUUCGUUUUGUUUGUUUGUUUGUAAAAAAUGUAAAAAUAUAUUCAGACUUGUGUUUCUCCACAUUAGGUCAUCGUUCAGUAUUGACAAGAAAAAAUAUGAAAAUACCGAAUUAGUUUUUCACUUUUAUGAUACAGGCAUAAUUAUGUUUCAUACAGAACAUAUGUAAUCUACAUCUUUCUACCUCCACCUAAGAUAUAUGUAGCUUAUCUCAACACUUUGGUAGUGUUUUGAUGUUUUCCCAUUUGAAAAGAGCAAACACAGAACAUAUCUUUUACUUGUUUGUGUAUUUAGAUUCGAAAAAGUGGGUCGUAAUACUGUAGGUGAAAGUUUGACACUUUUUGAUCAUCAUUGCACUGAGUUUCUUAAUAUUCAAUUCUCUCUCUUUACUGCCGUUUUCAAAACACACUCUCCUGAAGUGGCCCAAGUUGCUUUGGACACAUACUGUGGAUUUUUGACUACCGUUUUUCUCUACUUUAUUUAUUAAUUUAUUUAUGUUUUUUUAUCUUUUGUAAAAAAAAAAAAAUAUAUAUAUAUAUAUAUAUAUAUAUAAAUAUAAUUCUUUUUGGAUGAGAAUUAACUGAAUAAAUAUGGGGUCUAUUCAGCCAGGGGCUAAAUGUAGCAGAUCCAACCUUUUUUAUCAUAAAAGUUUAAUGGAAAAUUUUCAAACAAACGAAAGGAACCCGUUUAUGAUAAAGAGUGGCGUAGAUGUAAUGAAGCAGAUAUUAUUACAGGAUCUUUUGAGCUUCAUGUUGAACCCUGCUUGAAAUUCCCUGUAAUGAUUUCUGUAUCAUUGUGUGAGCUGGUAGCGUGCAUCUUUUUGCUACCACAUAGGGACCUUUCCUCGCAUUACACAUAUUUCAUCAUGUCAUUAUAAUAUAUGAGCAGUAUUAUAUUUUGUCUGUGUGUAAUAAUAACACUAGAUGCUAUUUCCAUUGUUUGUUGUCAAGCUUUUGCUCUGUGGACUAGUGAAAUGGUUACCGGCAAAAGUGGUAAUUUAUUUAUCUGAGUCAGUCGUCUUUUUACGUAGGCUUUUAAAAGUAUGCUGAUCAAUAAUAGAUGAGUUAUAGUAUUAGAUCACUGUAUAGAUCGUUUGUCUCAAACAAUCAAUCUGAGGGUUUUGCUAACUAUUGUGAAAAGUUUAGAAUGUGAACUAUGCGUACUGUAACAGUAAGUUAUGGAGCUAUUUUAUAAGAUGAACAAAAUAAUAUAAGGAAUAUGUUUUAGAUUAAAAUUGAGAGUUUUUUUUAUAGAAAACAGAUAGAUUUAUAGUUAAGGGUCUGGUGGUCUUUGCUUGACAAUAUUAUUCCGUUUGUUGGGUUGGGUUCAGCAAAAUGUCUGAAGUCCAGUUUUACUGUGAACAUGACUGUGAGCUGCUUUAUGUCAAAGUGAAAUCGUUAUGAAGCGAAUAACGUGUUAAGCAGAUACGCAAAUUCUCUGUAGAUUCAUGAAUAUUAAAUAUGACCUACUUAGAAAAAUAUAAGCACUGCUAUGUCCAUCAAGCUAAUAUUUCUUCAUAUAAUUGGAAUCUAUGUGGUGAAACCCCACAACGUUGACAAGAAUGAAUUAAAGUGUGUGGACUUAAAACGCUCAAUAGGAAGCACAUCAUUGACAAACAAAGCAAUGUAACCUGUCUCAUUCACUGUUGUGUGCAAACACGCAUUAUUUCUAAAGCUUUAAGAUAUUGCAAGGCAUCUGAAUCUGCUUUUACCAUAUUUUACAACCACCAAAUGUGCUUUUGAUGACUAUUCCAAUACUGUUUGUGUAAAAAAACAACAACUCAGAAUUGAAUUCAAACAAAGAUAUAUGUUUAAAAAUGUGUAACUGCUGUACUCCAGUGUGCCAAUAAAAUAUGUAUCAAAUGAAAAAAUAAAACCUGGAUUCAAUAUG